AUGCAAUCAUCAUUUUAUUUGUAUUUAUCUUUAUAUUUAUUUUUCAUAAUUAUAUUCAUAACUAAUAUCAAAACAAUGAAUAAUUCAAUAAAUGAAAUUACAUUUUAUAUAAAAGAACAUCCUGAAUUAAAUACAUUAAUAGGUAAUUUAUAUCAAACAAAUCAAUUAUUUAAUAGUAGUUUUGUAAGUAGUAUACAAUUAGAAACUAUUAAUUUUAAAUGGUCAAAAUGUUUUCGUAUUGAUCGUUAUAGUGGUAAUUUAUAUACAACAAUUGAUGCAAAAUAUUUAUUAGAUAGUGAAAAAAUUUGUAUUAAAAAUAAAAAUUCUAAAAUAAUUUUUAAUCAAUUUUAUAAUAAUAUAACACAAUAUUGUUCAAUUAAUCUUAUAAUUACAAUUAAUAAUCGUUUAUUAUUAUCGAUUAUUAUACAAAUUGAAGAUAUUAAUGAUAAUUCACCAAUAUUUCUAUAUGAUGAUGAUCAUAAUAAUAAUAAUAAUACAGAAAUAAUUUAUAUUAAUGAAACAGCUCUACCGGAAUAUACUAAAAUUCCAUUGAAACCAGCUUAUGAUCCUGAUUUUAAUGGAUAUAAUAAAUUAUAUUAUUAUUUAACAGUAAUUAUAGAUUCUGAACAAAAUGAUCAAUCAUUAAUUAAUUCCACGAAUAUUCAUAAUCCAUUUCGUUUACAUAAUGAUGAUGAUAAUGAUGAUAAUGUAAUAACCCAUUUAAAUGAAUCAUAUCAUUCAACUAAUUUAUAUCUUGUAUUAAUCAAAUCAUUAGAUUAUGAAAUUCAAUCAGAAUAUCAAUAUAAUUUAACUGUAUGUGAUAAUCAAUUAAAUCAAUUAUUAAUGAUUAAUUUAAAUAUAAUACAUUGUACAUGGAAAUUAAUAAAAAUUUAUAUAAAUAAUAUUAAUGAUGAAUUACCAUGGUUUCAACAAACUAAUUAUUCUGUUGUAAUACAUGAAAAUUUUUUAAUUGGUAAUGAAAUCAUUAAAAUUACAGCAAUAGAUAAUGAUUCUAUCCCAUAUAAUCAUAUAAAAUAUCGUAUAAUACCUAGUCAUGAUAUGAUUUUAUUAAAUAAUGAAAAUUUAUUUCAUAUUGAUUCUAAUACUGGAAUUAUAAUAUUGAAUAAAUCAAUAAAAAAACCUGGUAUUUAUCGAUUUUUAGUUGAAGCAUAUAAUAAUGAUUAUAUUUAUAAUAAUAAUAAUAAUAAUCAAAAUCAAUAUUUAUCCACAAUAGAUCAUAUAUCAUUGAUUAGAAAUUAUUCAACUAAACAUUAUAAAAAUAUUGCUAAUGUACACAUUCAUAUUAUUGAUGUAAAUAAUCAUGCACCAAAUAUAGAAAUUCAACAAACUCAAGAUACUUUAAUAUACUACUUAAAUAAUAAUCAUACUAUUCAACAUAUAAAUGAAUCAAAGUUAAUUAUAUUAAAAAUUCCAGAAACAUUAUCUAUUAAUACACCUAUAGCAUAUUUUAAAAUAACUGAUGAAGAUGAAUUAGAUAAUGCUGAUAUAACAUGUCAUUUGAUCCGAUCAAAUUAUAAUGAUCCUUUUAUUUAUACUUAUAAUAAUGAAAAACAAUAUAAAUUAGAUAUAUUUCAAUUAAUAUAUGUUAAUCGUAUUAGUGAUAAUACAAUAAUUAAUAAAUUAAUUUUAUCAAAAAAUUUAGAUGCAGAAAAUUUAUCAAAACAUUUAUUAAUAAAUAAAUUUAAAUUAAAUAUUGAUGUAGAAUCAAUUGCUGGUUAUUAUGGUUUAUUAUUAAAUUGUCAUGAUAAUGGUAUACCACAAUUAACUACAUCAAUAUCAAUUAUUAUAGCUAUAGAUGAUAUAAAUGAAUAUUAUCCAAAUAUUAAUAUAAUCAAUACAUCAUUAUGUAAUACAUGGGAAUUAAAAUCUUCUAUCAAUCAUUCAUAUAUAUAUGAUAUAAAUAUUAAUGAAAAUAUACCAAUUCAUUCACAUAUUAUAACAUUAUCUGUAAUAGAUAAUGAUAUAACAUCAACAAUACAAUUUAUACAACAAAUAACAAAAUUAUCAAUACCAUUUAUUAUUGAUAAAUCGAAUGGAAUAAUAACGAAUAAUGAUUUAAUUGAUUAUGAAUAUAAGAAUAAUUAUAAAAUGUAUAUUAUUAUUUAUGAUGAAAAAAAUUUACAAAAAUCAUUUAUGACUAAUAUAUUGAUUAAUAUUAAUAUUAUUGAUUUAAAUGAUAAUUCACCAGAAUUUAUAAUAUCAUCAUUAAAUGAUUUACAAUUUGAUAGUAAUUCAUUCAUAGAACCAAUACAAAACAAUAUAGAGAAUAUAAGAAUUAUUGAAAUAGAAGAAGAAAUAAUUUAUACUAAACCAAUAGGUAUUAUUAAAGCAUUAGAUCGUGAUACUGGUAAAAAUGCUGAACUUAUAUAUUUUAUUGCAGAAAUUUCUUAUCAAUUAGAUAAUACUAAUAAAAUGAUAAAUAUAAAUGAAAAUCAAACAAUAAAAAUAAAACAAACAUUAAAUACACCAAAAUUAUUAAUUGAUUCUAAUGGUGCAUUAUGGUGUGAAAAUAAAAUCGAUAGAGAAUUAAUAUCAAUUAUUGAUUUAAUUAUUGGUGUACAUGAUCUUGGUGAACCAAAAUUAACAUCUUAUACAAAAAUUCGUAUAUUAAUUAAAGAUAUUAAUGAUAAUAAUCCAUUAUGGCAAUUUCCAACAGAAACUGAUUUUUUAGUAUAUGUACCAAAAUCUUUAUCAAUUGGUAAAGUUAUUACUAGAAUUCAUGCUAUUGAUAAAGAUGAAUUAACAAAAAAUGGUCAUAUUACUUAUUAUAUAUUAAAUCCAAAUAAUAAUAACAAUAAUAAUAGUAAUAAUACAAAACAUAAAUCUAAAUUAGAUAUUAUUUCAUGGAAUAUUAUUACACAAUUUUUUAUAUUAAAUUCUAAUUCAGGUGAAUUAACUGUAAAACAUUCAUUAAUUCAAUUACCAGAUGGAUUUCUUGAUAUUUGGUUAAAAGCAGAAGAUAAUGGUAAAGUACCUAGACAUUCAAUUGCUAAAUUAGUAUUAUACUUAACUACUAUAAAUAGUAAUAUAAAUCAUAAUAAUCAUAAUGAUAAUUUUUUAAAUUUUGAUAAUCCACAAAAAUUAAUGCAUUACUAUGAAGAGAAUAAAAAUACUAAAGAUAUUACUAUACAAAUACAUUCCAUGGGUAAUUUAUAUGAUAUUCUCCCAAUGAAAAUGGAUUUAAAUUCAAAUAAUGUAUAUUUAAGUACAACACCAUUAUAUAAGUAUAAUAUUAAAACAUUAUCAUUAUUAAUAAGUGGUUCAAUUGUUGGUAUUAUCAUAAUUAUUAUAUUUUUAACAUUAUUUAUAAUAUGUUUCAAAUAUAAUUCAUAUUAUCAUCAUCAUAAUCAUAAUCAUAAUCAAAAUGUCAAAUGUAAUUCAAUUACACAAAUCAAUACAAUAGAAUGUAGUAAUAAUUUAUCAAUGAAAUUAUCUAAUAGUAACUAUGGUAAAGAUAAUCAUUGUAAUGAUUCAAAUUUAAAUUAUGAAACAUUUACCAAUUUAAAACCAACUACCUCAACUGUGAAAUUAUUGAAUAAUAUAAAUAAUGAACAAAAUCAAUGUAAUGAUCAAAUUAAUGAAAAAUUAGAAAAAUAUAAUGAUUUGAAUAGAUCCAGUGUUACAUCAUUAUCAAUUAAUGAUACUACUAUUCAAACAACAUAUAUACCAAUGAAUUUAAUGAGAAAUUGUAAUGAAUUACAUUAUUCACCGAUUACAUCAGUUAUUGAUAUAUCAGAUAAAAUUCCAAUACAUUUAUUACAUGUAUCAAAUGAUACUUUUGCUGUACCAUUAUGUAUGACACAUAAUAUUACAACUAGUAAUACUAAUGAUAAUAAUGAUUAUUAUCAUAAUCAUACUACUAAUGAACAUACUACUAAUAAUAACAAUGAUAAUGAAGCAGAACUAACAACACAUCCUCUUACAAUUGUUGCUACAGUUGUAUCAACAGAUAAUAUUAAACAAGGUUUAUUACCAAUUUUAACAGAACAAUCAAAUAAUAAUAAUAACACAGUUGAUAUUACAAAUAAUAAAUUAUAUGAAAAUGAUACUUUUAUAAAAUUAGAAAAUUUAACACAUUCCGAUACAUAUUACACAACAUACACUCCUUGUUUAUUUAAUACAACUGAAAAUACCUCAUGAACUAUGAAUAGAUAUAUUGAAUUCAAUACUGACAUAUAUAUAUAUAUAUAUAUAUAUAUAUAUUUGUAUAAAUGAUAAUCUAUUCCCAGUAACUACUGAUUUUUACUCAUUUAGACACAUUUUUUUAUUUUAGAAAAAAAAAUUAAUGAAUUAACAACAAUUGUUUAUAUGUCAUUAUAUGUGUAUCUAUUAGGGAGGGUGAUAGAUUUGUACAAAAUAUUUAAUAAGGUGAGCAAAUUGUUCACAGUGACAAAUAUUUCAAUGUAUUUUGUAUUUUUUAAAGAAAAAACAAAAACAAAAAUAAUAAUAAUAUUGUUUGAUGAAACAUUCUAUAGUUCUGGUUUGUUUGUUUGUUUUUUAUUAUUAUUAUUAUUAUUAUGAAAAAUCGUU